CGCGAGCGCCCGCCUCCCAGCGCCCGCCGCCGGGCCUCGUCUGGCAGCGCCGCCGCCCCCUCGUCUGGCAGCGCCGCCACCCAGCGCGCGGCCCCCCUCCCUCCUCCUCUCUUCUCCCCCCUCGGCCCUUCCUCCCCGCCGUCUCCCUGAAGGACCAGCGCCGGCGCCCCGUUCCCUAACCCUAACCCUACAAGAGAAGAAGAGAAAGAAGAGCACCUGGACCUGCCGGCGAGGAAGGAGCACCUGGACCUGCCGGCGAGGAAGGAGAAAGAAGAGCACCUGGACCGCCGCCCCCAUCAACCUAGCAAGAUGCCGGAAAUUGACUGGAACGUAGAGAACACUCGGAUCCUUUGUGCUUUGUUGGCUGAGCAAGUUGAGAAAGGAAAUCGGCCAAAUACAUUCUUGAACUCAGUUGGGUAUGCUGAGGUUGAGAAAGGGUUUAAAGAUCGGGUGGGUAUUGAAUUGGUCAAGGGACAAAUCAAGAACAAGUGGGACAAAUUGAAGGAAGAUUUUAAGGCAUGGAAAAAGUUAACAACGAGGCAAACAGGAAUUGGUUGGAAUAAUGGUACUAUCAAUAUGGACGACGAAUGGUGGAAGAAAGCUAGAGCUGAUAUUCCAGGUUGUGGGAAGUUUAGGAAGCAUCCACUUCAAAAUGAAGAUGAGUUAGCAAUUUGUUUUCGAGGCAUUGUAAACAUUGGUUCUGAUCACUGGAACCCUUGUGCCAACACCUCGACAAUGGCUGUGGAUGAAGAAGCUGCUGUGUCUCGCCAUGCCUCCGAUACAUCUACAUUUGAAGCAAGCUUUGUGACUAUGGACGCAUUUCGUGAUAGUUUGGCUACAUCCAUCGCAUUAGCUUGGAAUUAAUGUAAUCAUGCUCUCAAACUAUAUGUAUUUUGUGUUCUCAGGUUAUUUUAUUAAACUUGUAAUGUACGAUUUUUCCUUUGAUGGAUUGUUAAAGUUAUUAGGAAUUAUUAUUUCGGAUGACAAUCAUGUAAUAUGUUGGAUUUUUUUUAAACCAUGUUGGAAUUUAAUUUUAGUUAACUAGUUUGCUGCUACUGGGUAUCAAUUACACUUGUAAACCAAGGGCAAAGUGGGCAAACAACACAGACAAACAGAACUCUGGAGCUCAGAGUAUCAUUCUAGCCAAACACUCCCAAAAGACAGCUCCAACUCCACUCAGAGCCAGCUCCAGCUGGAUUUCUGGAGCAGAGCCGCUCUGACUGGAGUUGGAGCCACC